AUGAUGAAUGGAGAACAUAAUGAUGGACAAGUAUCGGACACAUAUUUGGAUAAUAUUAUAAAACAACUUGAAAUAUCUGAUGGAUCACAAGCAACAUCAUGUGUUCGUUCGGUUUUUGUUCGAAAUGAUGCUGGAACAUUUUUAAGAAAACUUGAUGAACGUAUUAAAUAUUAUGAUAAUGAAAUAGAAAAAUUAUGUAAUUUUCAAUAUCAAAGUUUUGUUAAAUCAUUUCAUGAAUUAUUACAAGUACGAAAAGACACAACAAGUAUGAAGAAUGAACUUGUUAAAAAUAAUCAAAUGAUGCAAGAAGCUGGACAAAGUUUAGCAAAAAAAACUGAAGGUUUAAUUAAAGAAUAUCAUCGACAGAGUAAUAUACAACAAACUAUUGAUGCUUUAUCACAAGCAUUUCCAGUCUUUGAAACAUAUCGAAAAUUACAAGAAUGUAUGGAAGAAAAAAAACUUUAUCCAGCAUUGAAACUACUUGAACAAUUAGAAACUAAACAUCUUGUUCUCGUAAAAGAACAUCGUUGGUCAGAACUUAUUCAGCAUAAUAUUGCAAAAUUUCGUAAUCAAAUUCGUAAUGAAUCACAUAAUGAAUUGAAAAAUUUUCUUGAAAAUGUUGCAACACAUGCAGAUAAAAUUGGAAAAAGUGCUUUUGCACAAGCAGCUGCUCGUCUUGAUAUAGAUCGACGUUAUUAUAUGUUAGAAGAAGAUCGAAGAAAAGAUCAACAACAACAAGCAGAUGGAUCAACUGAUUUAACUUUAAUCAAUAUGAAUAUAACUGAAAUAAUAGAUUUUUCUCCCAUAUAUAAAAGUCUUCAUAUAAAUUUAUUUCUUAACUGUAAAGAAGAAUUUUCAAAACAUUAUCAACGUGAAAAACAAAAACAAGCACCUGUUAUUAUGGAUGUACCACCUAAAAUGCAUGAAUCAUUUGAUGCAUUUAAAAAAUAUUUACAACGUGUAACAGGUUUUUUUAUUGUUGAAGAUCAUGUUAUGAAUACAACUGAAGGUUUAAUUGAUCAAAGAUUUUAUUAUGAAUUAAGUGAACGUGCAACACAACAAUUAUUAGCUGUACUUAGACGAGCAGUGGAUUUUUGUUUACAACCGAUUUCUACCGGCGGGUCAACAUCAUACAAUCCAGAUUUAAUGCUUGAUAUGAAAAUUGUUGUCGUACUUUUUUGUGCUGCUAUAAAAGAAUCUGGCUUUCCAGUUACACCUUUAUUGGAUGUUUUAAUGGAAUUAAGAGAAAGUUAUCAACAAUUAUUAUUAACACAAUGGGGUCAAAAAUUUAAAGAAAUUCUUAGAAAAGAUAAUUAUACACAAAUGGUUAUUGAAGAUGAAACACAAUAUCAACUUCUUUUAAGACAAUUUCCAUUAAGAAUCGAAGCAACUGAAAAAUUACCAUUUCCACGUUCAUUACCAUAUAGUGAAUCAGUACCAAAAAUAUUUUUAGAAAUAAAAGAUUUUGCAGCAGUAUGUGCAAAAUUUGCUAAAGGUCUUAAUGUUAGUAAAACUGAAAUUGAUGAUAUGAUUCGAAAACCAUCAAAUUUAUUAUUAACAAAAACUCUUAAAAGUUCUUUAGUAGAUUUAACAGCUGCUGAAUCAGAACUACAACUUAAUUUUUCACAACUUGUUCAAAUUUGUAUUAAUACAAUACAUUUAGAAAAUUCAAUGCCUUAUUUAGAAGAUUAUAUUGUUGCUCUAGUACAGUGAGUAAUAAAUUUUGAUCGGAUUUGUUUUCUUUAUUUUUUAAUGAGAAUAUCAUGAAGAUGUGUUCGGAUUGAGUAUUUCAGAAGUCAAACAUUAAUUUAAAAAUGAACAAUUAUCAAUCACAUCUAAACAGAACUGCAGGAGGAUGCGAAUGGUUUGUGGAUGAAAAAAUUUCAUAAUGUUUUCAUUUUAUCUUUGCGAUUCAUAGUGAAGUUGCAUUUUCAAGAGUUCCAUAAAUUCAGAACUCAUGGAAUUUACCCACUAUUGAAAACGGUAUACUCAUAAUUAGUUGACUCGAAGUCAUUUGUCAAUAGGAAGUAUUUUGGUGUGGGACACUGUGUCUACGUAGACUGGUUUUUAUGGAAAAUACGUGUGCAAAGUGAGCUUAGUCGUUCCUGAAACUCUUGAUUCUUAUAUCACUUUGUAGAAAACAAUCUCAUAUUUAAUUCUAUGCAAAAAACGUCAAUUUUCUCGUCUUUAAAAGGUCGAUUCAUAACUCCUAAGUCAGCAAUCCUAGAAAAAUAUAGAACAUAUAUUGGAAAUUCGAUUCAAACUCAAUGCUUUCAAAUCUCUGCGCAGAUGUUUUUUAAGAGGCUGAAAAAUGAACGAACCACUCUUUGAUAACGCGUUAAUCAACAAUAGCCAAGAUUGCUUCUAGUGCCU